CAAUAUCGAAGGUGAUUGUUGAUCCAUUUUUUUGGGAUCUAGAUACGAGGAUGGACUUUUUUACUGAACUCUCCAAUAUUGCAUUCUAUGUAAAGGCAGCUUUUCAAAACAGCAAAUUUAUUAAGUCAUUGAAUGGCGCGAAAGUCUGUUCUGGGACAUGGAAGAGGGUGAUAGAUCCUCAUAUUGCGCCUAUAAUAUUACAAGGAAAUGUGAAUUAUAAUGAUGACGUCGUGGACUUAUUGCGACUGGUGAGGAACAAGUGGGCUCACAAGUAUGAGGUUAAAAAGGACAUGAAGGCGGCGCUGCCCAAUCCGCCUCGUUUAGAGUUAUACUUCAUCACAAAAUUUCCGUGUCUCUUGCUGGCAACUUAUAAGGUGGCUUUCAGUUACGUAAGUGCAGAUCCAUCCUUUAAGAGGUUCUUUGGAAGAAACUACUGUUGAUCCUUUGGCUG